CAAGACCAUUGCUUUGCGGCACAACGGCACGCGCCCAAGGGGGAGAUUUGGUCGCGGUCGUCGUCAUGUUUGCACGCGCCGCCCUCGCUGCUGCCCUGCUCGCCGUCGCCCUGGCUGGUGACGACGCGGCUCCCGUGACCAUCGCCGUGUACAUGGAGAGUCAGUGCCCAGACAGCGCCCGGUUCGUGACAGAGCAGCUUUAUCCGGCGUGGCUUCACCUGAGGGACAUCCUCGCACUCGAUAUCAAUUUCUAUGGGAAAGCUCAGGACGAGCCGAGUCCCGGAGGCUACGUGUUCACCUGUCAACACGGGCCUGAGGAGUGCAAGGGCAACAUGAUGCUAACAUGCGCCAAGAAAUACAUUCCCAGCGAGGACAGCUACAUGGUAUUCGUGAACUGCGUCAUGAGGGAACGGGCAGGAGUCUGGGCAGGAUAUAUGUGCGCCCAGGAGGCAGGCAUCAGUUACCAAGAAAUCGCCACCUGCUCGAACAGCUUCGAAGGCCAAUGGCUCUUGCAUGAGGUGGGCGAGAAGCAGAGGAGGUUAAGCGUCCUCGUCUCCUAUGUGCCCUUGAUUUUCAUUGAUGGGUUAUUUUCAGUAGAUUUACUGGACGCCGCUGAAGCCAAUUUCGGAAAGCUGGUGUGUGAGACAUAUCGAGGACCCAAACCAGACAGCUGUUCCUUCUAUGAGUUCUUUGCACAGCCUUAGACGAUAUGCAGCAGCUGCCAAGAUAUGUAUUGUCUGUGGGCCUUGUAUUAUCCGUGUUUAGAUAAGUGAAUGAUGAGUGUUACAAGGAAGCUAAAAUUUGUACCGCGGAAUCUUAUUCUUAUUGUAAUGUUCUGUAUAAUAUUCCUUUUUUAAGGCUUAUUCGGUAUUUCUUCACCUAAGGAAAAAUAAAUAUAAAACAUG